GCGGAUGCGUUCUUUGUGUGUUCGGUACGGUAUCGGAUUGAAGAAGUAGUGCUUUAUUUAGUUAUUAUUUUAUUGUUUUACUGAUGUUCCAAUCAGUUUGAACCAAAAUUGCUGAAGUGUCUAUCAGUGUUAUGUGAUAUGUGAAUGUCCAAUGACUUGCGGUAAAUUAAUUUUGUUAUUUUAGUAGGAUGAGCAAAAUCGUGAAAUCUGUUAUUUCUCCUCUGUUGUAAUGAAGCUAAAUAUCUACAGCUGAGCUGCACUAAAAACUGAACAUUGCACACAAAGUUAUGAAAUAUUAGUGUUACUAUUUAGUGUUUACCUAAUUGUGGAACUUCAGCUUGAGAUGCGUUCCAGUAGAAUAUUUAUCAUCAACGAGCAUAAGAAAAGGAAAAUCAUCGUAAUGAUAAAUGUGUGAAAAAAUAAUGCUCUUCACACUGGCAGCUACCGUGAAUAGAAGCUCGACCCAAAAUAUAAGCGAAAGCGAUAAAUAGCAUUGAAGAAUAACAUGAAAAGUGCUUCCCAUUGGUAUAUGUGCGUGCUCUCCGGGUGUUGAAAAAUUGUGCCCUGGUAAAUCAUUGUGCAGUGCAAUGUAAGAGGUGGAAAAUAUUAUUGUUACUUCUUGUGCUUAUAAUUCGUCGCAUGUUUGCUAUCCGCUUAAAAUCUACCAUUCAUGUAAAUUAGAGUGCUUUCGAAAUACCCCUGCAUUUAAGUGAUGUUCAUAAGAAUGAUUCUGCAUUCUGGGCUGGGCGCUCGUUGUACUGUUAUUGCGACUGUUGUUGAGUUUGACCUACUACCUAAUAAACGCACUCAGCUGUAAAGAAUCAUCCGAACCUGUAGGACACUUUGGACAGAACCGCGGAUAUCGCUUACCAGCACCGGAAUGGCGUCUCUGAAGGUGGCUGUCCGAGUACGACCUUUCAAUCAAAGGGAGAAUGAACUCGACGCGAAGCUUAUCGUCCAGAUGGACGGCAAGAAGACCCGGCUGCUUAAACCGAAGUACGCUGGAACAGGUGGUGCCCGAAUGGAUCUGGCGAACCGUGGCGGACCGGAACCGUUUAAUGAUUUUACCUUCGACCACUCGUACUGGUCGGUGGACGAAUCGGAUUCGCACUUCACCCCCCAGGAAAGGGUGUUCGAGGAUCUCGGAACGGAAAUCGUGGACUGUGCAUUUCAAGGUUACAACGCUUGCGUUUUCGCAUACGGCCAAACCGGAAGUGGUAAAACAUUCACCAUGAUGGGCUCUGCCGAAGCACAAGGUCUGAUUCCGCGAAUUUGUCGUUCGCUAUUCGCACGAAUGAAACUCGGACAGGAGGAAGGCGUUGGCUAUAAAACACAGUGUUCCUACUUGGAGAUUUACAACGAACGGGUAAAAGAUCUGCUUGGUCCCAGUAGUGCGGGUCAUGGAUUGCGAGUUCGGGAACAUAGAACGUUGGGUCCAUACGUAGAAAACCUCUCGCAACAUCCGGUGUCGGAUUAUGGAGAGAUUCAGAAUUGUAUGGUACAAGGAAAUAACCAGCGGACGACGGCUAGCACCAAUAUGAAUGAUACCAGCAGUAGAAGCCACGCUAUCUUCACAAUCACAUUUGUGCAAGCGAGGUAUUUGAACGACAUGCCUAGCGAAACGGUGUCCAAGAUUCAUCUGGUUGAUUUAGCGGGAAGUGAGCGAGCCAAUGCUACCGGAGCCACCGGCCAACGAUUAAAAGAAGGUGCACAUAUAAACAAAUCGCUUGUCACGCUAGGAUCCGUCAUUUCUGCACUGGCGGAACAAACUAAUCCGACUCACAACAAGCGAAUUUUAUAUAUUCCCUAUCGAGAUUCGAUUCUAACGUGGUUGCUGAAGGACAGUCUGGGUGGAAACAGUAAAACCAUUAUGAUUGCUGCCAUUUCCCCCGCAGAUGUAAACUACAGUGAAACAUUAAGUACUUUGCGCUAUGCUAAUCGUGCUAAGAACAUCAUCAACAAGCCAACAAUCAACGAAGAUCCAAAUGUAAAACUAAUACGGGAGCUGCGCGACGAGAUUUACAAGCUGAAGAUGAUGCUUUCUACCGAUGGAUCACUACUCGAGCCAUCCCUCAAGGUAUUGGAAGAUCUUCACAAAAAGGAAGCUCAAGAGAAGGUGCUCACCGAGGAGUGGACAGAAAAGUGGCGCGAAGCUCAAUCUAUACUGAGGGAGCAGAAGUCCCUGGGGCUUCGAAAAUCUGGCGUCGGAGUAGUGCUGGAUUCCGAGAUGCCGCAUUUAAUUGGAAUUCAUGACGAUAUCAGUACUGGAGUCACGCUCUACAGCUUAAAAGAGGGUGAAACAACAAUCGGGACAGCAGAAGCAACAUACCCGCAAGAUAUUGCCUUAAACGGAAUUGGAAUCUAUCCUGAACAUUGUCGCAUUGUUUUAAACAAUGGAAAUGCUACAAUCUAUCCUAAUCCGUCAGCUACCUGCUUACUGAAUGCCAACAUCAUCGAAUCACCUACCGCUAUCAGUCAGGGAGACAUUUUGUUGCUCGGUCGCACCAAUAUGUUCCGAUACAACAAUCCGGCAGAGGCCGCCAAAAUGCGACAGGAUAAUAAUCAUGUCUCAAGAUCUUCUAGACUAGACCUUUCCCGGCUUUCCUUGAUUGCGGCGUCACGCGAGAACCUUUGUAGUAGCUUCAUGAGUGAUGAUGAUGGUCAGGCGUCACCACAAAAUCCUUUGCGCUUCCGUCAAUACGCACCAAGCCGAGAGGACACGGAAUUGCAGGAAGAACAUCGAAAGAUAUUGCAAACGAUUGAAAAUGCAUUGAAGCAGUUGAAUCUCGAGCGAUCACGAAUGCAUGAACAAUUUAAAAACAAGAUAAAGCUGUGCCGGGAAGAGCUGGAUCGCCUAGAGGCCAGCAAGCGGGACCGACUGACGAUUCUCGACUGCCGGAUAGACGAACUGAUGGCCCAACGGGAAAUGAUACUCUGGGAGAAAAGCAAUGAAAAAACACAGGUGGACAUUUUAGUUAGGCAGCUGUCGGCCUUGCAAACACAGCUAGACACUAAGAAGCGAGAUUUCUACGAGUACGUCGCUAAAGAACUUCAGGAGUUGCAGGAUUGCGGCAAACUGGACGAGGCGUGUAUUGAACUGAUUCAGAACGCACCUCAUACCGAAGAUUACUCGGAGACUCUGCUUACUAUUUCCAAAACGUUGGAUAACUAUUCGGCACAGUACAUUCGGGAGUAUAUACGAAGGAAUCGUGAAGAAAUAGACAAAUACGAACGGGAGUUACGUGAGAAAGAAUCUCUUCUGGACACAAGCAAUCGUAAGAUUGCAGAACUAGACCAAAAAAUCACUGAGCUGGAAAGACAGAAUCAGGAUAUGCUGCAGCAGCGCUCCCAGUUUGAAAUGGAAGAAAUGCAGAAAAAGAAACAGUCCAUGACGCUCAAUCUGUCGAACACGACCGGCUCGGAUGCGCUAAGCGAUCCAACCGGGGCAACCGGAGCAAAACCAUCAUCUGGUACAGAAGCUCGUACCUUGGAAACCUGUGAUACUUUCCACACGGCCAAUUCGGACUGCUCGUUCGUGUCGGCUUUGAAUACGCCAGCCCUGGAAGCACUGGGAAACCUAAUGCCGACGCCUAACAGCGGCAGUUCAAUGGAGGGCACCGAGUCCGGUGUGGAUCAUGAGUCAGACUACGAGGAAGCCGGUCUGGCUGGUGGAGGCCAAGGGAUGAGUGACAGCGGGGUGAGCUUCGAAACCAACAAGGCAAGCGAGAACAAUGGGGGAAAGCUGAACGGAAAGUUACUGUUCCGUUCAGAUGAUCACUGCUUAUUGCUGACCACUUCUACACCAAAUCCAAAGUAUGCUAAUAAGACGUUGAUUGUAAACGGCAGUAACAUCGAGAUCAGUCGGGGUUCGCCCGGAUCCGCUGAUGAGGGACAGGCGAGAGAAUUUAGUGACGAAUCGGAUGAAAACUAUGAUCAUGGCCCAGGCGGUCAAAAUGGAGGAGGUGUUACCCGAACGACUCAAUUGGUGCAUUUCAGUGGUGGCGGUAACAAAACUAGCGUUAGAACGGAAAUUUUCGAUAUUCGACAUGGGAUUCAUCCGCUUCGAGUAAGCAGCCGAAGCGGCGACGAUAACGAAGAUGAAGAUGAUGAUCAGCAUUCACAGUCAUCUUCGUUGGAUAAUAAUUCAAUUAAUUCAUCCACUGCAAAUCUAAUACUGUACGAAAUGAAUCUGCUACGAGAAAGUAUAGCAACUAAAAAAGCUGAAAUUAUGAAGAUCCUUGAAACGAAUGGAGACAAAUCUCAGCUAGAUAGCAAAAUCAGUGAGUUACAGGAGCUACAGAAACGAAUUCUUCAGCUGGAGAUUAAGGUGCAGGAUGUUGAGAAGACCCGCCUUUCAGAUGGUGACGUUGGAGGAAUCGAUUCAGUUCGUGAUCUCCCGGGAAGUUUUACCGAUAGUGACGACAGUCGCAUUCAUUCCUGCGCUUACUCGGACUUCGUGCAGCAUCGAGCGCAAGCUGAUAGUAUCUAUGCACCGAGCGUGACGCGCUCAUUGCCGUCCAUUGAAAGUUCCUAUCGAUCGGACUAUUUAAUAAAUAUUCCGUCGUUUAUUAUUCGAGGAGCUGGUAAGCAGACACACUACGAGUACGAAGUGAAAAUUAAUCUGCCUGACGAUCGAUGGACGCUAUUGAGAAGGUAUAGCCGCUUUCGGGAGUUGCACUUAGUAAUGAAAAAAGUGUAUGGUGAAAAGAUUACAUCGAUACCGUUUCCAAGGCGAGAGUUGUUCGCAUCGAAUACGGAAUCAGUAGCAAAGACAAGACGGCGCCAAUUGGAAGCCUAUCUUCGUCGCUUGCUAGUCGUUUGCUCGAAGGUACCGCACAGCCCAAUCUACGAAGGCGAAGGUCGGCCCGGCUUGACCAAGGCUACGUUGAUCGAGCUGCAUUCGGCAUUUUUCAAAAAAGGACUCUUCGAAACAGGAAAGCAUGGAACAGGCUAAUAGAAAGGCGAAGCUACGAGCAACAUUCAUGAGCUGUUUGUAGAAAUAUAAACUAAUAGCGUUUUUGUUUUUUAACCUGGGUUAGUUCCAACCCGACCACUGCAUAAAAUAGCAUUUUCGGGAGAAUAAACAAACGUCUUCGUGUUGCCAAUGUAUUGCUAACAGCGGGGUUGAAACUGUAAAAAUCCCCAGAGCGAACCCGACUUCUAAAGAGUUCAACCCAGAGUGAAAAAACAAACGUUUUGACAGCCGUUCGAUUGGAACUAGAGCGAACUUAGGUUGGACAUUAGCAAAAACAAAAACGCUAUAAGGGAAAGCAACAAAGAAUUCGUAAGGCUGAUUUUAAAUUUGUGGAUAAGACUAAGAUGUAGAUAAUUCGAGCUUGUAUCAGUUCUAUUCAUAUAUAAAUAUUUUUUUAACGUUCAAAUUUUUUCGAUAAUAGUGCAUGCUAAGCAAGAAUUUUUGACAAUAAAUACGGUCGGUCCAAGACUGAAACCUUUAACGUAACGUAAUGUGCAAUUGAAGGCAAUCUCUUGAUCGGUUUAAACCCGUUGUCAUCGAGAUUGGACAUUAAGAAUAAAGUAUACCUGUAUGAAGCUCGUAAUAUAAAGCCUAUGGCUUGAUCCAUUUUCUGCUAAACAAAUGAAAAUUGCGAUUUGAAAGCCUCCAAUUAAUCAACGAUGCAGAAUAAAGUACUAAAGGAAUGUGCUAGAGAAGUGUAACUAUUUUACGAAAUCUGUUGAAACAUUUGGUACCUAACUUAAUUCCUAUUCAUCUAUUACAUCAUUGCCUUAUGUAUGAUACAAAUGUAAAACCUUUUUGUGACCUUUAGUAGUGGUUUUGUCUUACAACAAUACGUGCUUACAAACAAAUUACAUAUACAAAAAACUGUGAUUUUUCAUCCCCCUUAUGAGAGAAUAUCAACCCCGACAUAGAAAACAAAUUAGUUACAUCGGUAAGUGCAUUAGUUUGUAUGACAUAUAACGAAAACCCGUUAGUAACCCGGUAGUAAUUGGUCUAAACACAUUUUUAAUGACACAAUGUACUAACCGUGUCACUUUGGCGAAUAAGUACCUACAGUAAGUUAGCUACAGUGUUAGUUUGGAUGUUUUGAAAAUGUAUAAAGGAAAAAUCAAAUAUUUCAAAUUUGUGUGAUCCCUAUUUUUAGGUUUGUAAUGAUAGCUUUUAAGUGUUGACCGUAAUGUAUAAUAGGAGAAAAUUAUAGCAUAGUUCUGUUAGUUAGAUUACAAAACAGAGCAGUAAUAGCAGUAAAAUCAGUGUUUGAAUCAAAUUAGCCUUGAUGUAUUUACUGCAUUAACACGUAAUCGAUACUAUGGCUGAUAGGAAAACUUAUAUUUGCCAGUGACAAAAAAAAAACAGAUUGCCUAAAUCUGAAGAAACCUGCGUCAGUAAAUAGAUAUGGU